AUGACUAAUCAAGAUAAAUUUGAAUAUAUUUCUAAUUUUGAUCAUACAAAUAAUAUAUUACCAUAUAAUGAAGAUGCUCAAAAAAUUAAUGAUAAAAUGAAUAUUAUUAAUCAUAAAAAUGAUGAAAUAAUUUCAUCGUCUAUCAAUGAGAUAAAAAAUAAUGAAAAUAUAAAUUAUAAAAAUCUUAUUAAAAAUCACCCUUUGUUUCCAGUUCUGGUUUUACAAUACACUUUGUGUGAUAAAGCUAUGUAUAAUGUUCAUAAUAAAGGAUCAAUUUCAAUGGAACCAAUGUCUAAUGUAAGUUUUAUAUAUAAUUAA